AUGGAAGAUAAUGAUGAUAGAAUCGAAAGAACCUCAAUCUUAACCAUUAUUGAGGAUCAGUUCGUAGAACAAACGUCACAGUCAAAGUUCGACGUAUACAUCGUAGAUAGUAUAGGAGAUUUCGCAGCUAUGGAACGAUUGGGAAUACGAAUGGAAACAUACAAUUUGUCCUUCCUUUCUGAUAUUAAUGCUACUACGGGCUUGGA